AUGCCAAUUAACCACUUCUGCAGGCGCGCAACAGCACAAGCUGAGAUUUGCUGGAUAACAUUUGGUCGGGAUGUGGUGGAUCGUUGGCCAACUCCGAAGGGGAAAUGGGUUGAACCUGUGACCGACUCCCAGCGAAUCCCAGACCUGUGCACUGCCUUGGAAAUCAAGUCAUCGAAAAAAUCCCCGAUUGAGGCAAUCUAA